AUCGGAACUCUUCGUUGUCUAAGAGGUCACAAUGGCCGCUGUAGGCCUUGGACGAGUUAUUCGUCGAUUUCAGCCUAUUUCUGUCAUUCGAAGAUGUAUAUCCACUACUCCUAAAGUUGGAGCUGUUUACUGGGAAAAAGACUUCUUGCCUGGUCCCUACCCUAAAACAGAGGAGGAAAGAAGAGCAGCAGCUAAGAAGUAUGGGAUGCAGCCCGAGGAUUAUGAACCAUAUGACCCAGAACUAGGAUGGGGGACUGGGGAUUACCCCAAUGUUGAACCAAUAGGAAAAGAUCUCAGAUCUGACUUUGAUCAAUAUGAUAAUUACAGACUGAAGAAGAACUUCAAUGAACCGCUCCCAUAUGAUUUUGACUGGGUGGAUAAAGUAGAUUAUGGCUGUAGUUAUCAUCCACACACAGAGCGUGAAAUUGUUAUGUUCCUGUUCUCUUUGGUUGGAUUUUUUAUUCUUGGAGAGUAUCUAUGUAACAAAUAUAUACCACGACAUGUAGAAGCGCUGCCCAAACAAUAUCCCUAUACCUACACUCAGUUUGUUUCAUACAGAGAUCCGUCAGAGAUUCAGAGAACAGUCCAUUACACGUUUGAACCAGCUGAUAGUAAGGAGUGAUUAAAUGUGCUGAAAACACAGACACUAGUAUGGCUUAAUGUGGAUGUUUUAACAUGUGUAAAAGUUAUGUGUUAUAUAAUAAAAAUAAAUAAAUUAAGGGAAGCUGAA